AUGAUCCACAAUGAUCUGGUGAUCCGCCUCUCCUAUAGAGCCUACGUGGAGCCGGAGCCCGAGAUUCCUGAUCUGCACCUCAUGCAGUCACUGCGCCAGUGGCUGCUGCAGGGAGCAUCGCGCUGUGUUGGCCUUUGCUUCCCGCUCCCGCCGCAGGUCCCCCGGUCCGAGCGCCGCAAGGAGGAGGCAGUGGCCCAGGAAGUGCAUCGGCUGCGAGAAGCCGACAAGGAUCGCGAGAUUGAGCAGCUCAAGAUGAGGCUGGCCGACUUUGAGUCCGCUGCCACCGAGCUGCUGACAUGA